CGCUGAUAGAAUUGGUAAGCUGUUUGGACUCACGAAAACAUAAAAAUUUUAACAUUCUUGAAAAUCUGUAUAAGCAAUAGUGAAAAGUAGGAUAGUAUGAACUUUGUAUUGAAUUUACCGUCAGCAGAUGAAAAAGAUUUCCUUGAGUCAGAGCCUCAGUCGACAUCUGGCAACGUCACAUUUUUCAUAUGAAUGGCCAUUUUACUAUAGUGUGGAGUGCGUAUUUUGUGUUUGAGUUGUGUAUUUUUACAAAUCAUUAUUUUUGUGCUAUUUGCCCUAAGUUUGUUAGUGGUAUUGAACUUUUACCUUCUGAACAAUGGUGAGAUCGUGUUAUAUGUGCAAGAUAAACAGCAAUAAUCCAGAUUCGGCUAAUUUAUCCAUCGAUAUUCCUCGGCAGGCGCAACGACGUGGUCACCGCGAGUGCGACUGCUUGUUUGGCCAAGGCGCUUAUUAUGAUCAUCAAACGCUACCCAAGACCGAACAACUUUUAAUUCUUGCUGAUUGCUGAUGUUAUGCUACACCCGAAACGCGGCAACGGGUUCAUUAUCAGCAACCAAAAUACGCUGCUGCUGCUGCUGAAAGUUGCUUCCGUUAAGGCCGCUAUCGAUAUUACCGUGCGGUUGAACAUAAUCUGAACGUUUUCAAACGGCACGGAAUCAUGGCUCAUGAAAAAGAUUUCAAAGAAAAGCUGAUAGCGGCCGUGAAAAAGGAAGUAAAGCAAGUGAUGGAAGAAUCGGUCACUAGGAAGUUCGUGCACGAAGAAAGCGGAUCGGUGACAUCCCUGUGCGGGGCAGUCGAAGCUUGUCUCUCGCAAGGUUUGCGCCGACGCGCUUUGGGCCUUUUCAAAACCUCCUCGACGACCGCCUUGCUGCACAAGAUCGCGAAGCACAGUCCCGAAGCCGCUCGCAUUUCGAAAAGGGUGCAGGAGCUCGAAAAUGUCGACAAUGGCAACAGACGCUCUUCGAGCAGCAGCGACAGUCUCACCAAGCCGCAGCUCAAGAAGCAUGCCUCCCUCUCGUCUGUUAUCGCUCCCUUACCUAAAUAUCUUUGGAUCAGAUUGGCGUUGUUCGAGAAACAGCUGGCGAAGAUAAUCGAUUACUUGGUGUCAAACGCGAACCGAUACUACGAGAAGGACGCUUUGGUGGCGGAUCCCGAUUACGGUACCAUCCUGAGCUCAUUAUUGGUCGGCCCUUGUGCCCUCGAUUAUACGAGAAUGAGGAGUCUCGACAACUUCUGCACAGAUCCACCCGCCGACGAACUGGUGCAACGUCAUCGCAUUUCUAGCGCCGGUGUGGGUGGCGGUUCGACGCCCCCUUCAAAUCGCCGCCAUCCGAUGCAGCCUAAUUUCCGGCGAUCGCUGAACGCAAGCAGCGAAGACACCCUUAGCAGCAGCUGUUGCAGCCGAUCGUCCGCUCACCAAUUGGGCAUCGCUCGAGACUACGUCGAGUCUUUGCACCAAAAUAGUCGCGCCACCCUGCUCUUUGGCAAGAAUAACGUUACCGUCAUGCCCAGCAACGCAUCAUCGAAUGUACAAGAACCGAUGCCUGGGUAUCUCAGUUUACAUCAAACAGCCCAUGGCCUUACGAUCAAGUGGACGCCUAACCAACUGAUGAACGGAUUUGUUGAUGAAACUCAAGACAAAAGUGUGUACUGGGAUUACGCGUUGCACGUGCGACUGGAUGAGAUCGUGUACGUGCACUGUCAUCAGGAGAGCGAUACUGGAGGUACUGUCAUCCUUGUCGGGCAGGACGGAGUCCAGAGGCCGCCCAUACAUUUCCCUAAAGGCGGUCACAUGUUGGCGUUUCUCAGCUGCAUCGAGACUGGUCUGUUGCCUCGAGGCAGGCUGGAUCCACCGCUGUGGUCGCAACGAUCCAGUGGCGGAGGUGCGGUAGGAAAAAACAACAACAAAAGGCGCAGGCCGUUGCCCGCUCUCGCGCCCGAUACCACCGACACCAACACAGAAACCACCAGGGACUACGUGUUUCGCAUCAUCGACAACUCCGAUCAUACGGAUAUGCCGAAACGAACAGAGUUGAUGGACACGCGAGCGCACUUGGGCGGUAGCUUGAAAACGCGUGUGCAGCUGGCAAGCACCAGCACUUCUUCGGACAGUAGCUGCAAGAGCUUCAGCAUAGAACAGCAACACAGCGCGUCCGCAACCGCAGAUGAAGUAUGUAGCGGUGGUGUUGGUACUCCUCCAGUUGCGUGCAUCCGCGCUGUCUGCGAUUCGAUGAAGCGGCAGAUCAUCAGCCGCGCUUUCUAUGGUUGGCUCGCAUACUGCAGACAUCUUUCUACUGUAAGAACGCACCUCAGCGGACUUGUCAAUGCAAACAUCGUUCUUUCGGAUGAACGAGAUGAACAAGGUAUAACGGAAGAACGUUGGUCAGAAGUGUGCGUGGAUGGCGUGGUUUCUGACUAUGCGGAAGUGUACCGAUUGACGUACUUCGGGGGCAUCGCGCAUUCGCUCAGGAAGGAAAUCUGGCCGUACCUGUUGGGACAUUAUAAAUUCGGUACCACUCAACAACAACGAAACGAACUCGCAGAGGAGACCAAACAGGCGUAUGAGAACACGAUGUCCGAAUGGUUGGCAGUGGAGGCGAUCGUCAGACAACGAGAUAAAGAAAACCAGGCUCAGGCACAUGCGAAACUGAGCACUGGCAGCGCGGCAUCCACCUCCGUCAAUGAUAAUACUACACCGCCGCCACCGCCGCACUCACAACAGGAACAUCAUCUGUCCAAUGAGGUAUUCGAAGACGAGUUACUUUCCGACGAUGAGCACGAAUCUAUGGACGAGGAAGAGGAAGCAUGUUUGACAGAAGCGCAACCUGUCAAGAAAACCCGAAGAAACACGAUCAAAUACGAAAGCGGAGACGAUGAGAAUGAAGAUGAAAAUGAGGCCACGGUGGCAGGCGUAACACCAAUAGGAAAGUAUGAUCAUGACGAUGAUGGUGAAGAAGCUCAACGUUCACCUGACAAUCGAGAGUUCUGCUGUUCGAAUAUAGAACACGAACCAGUCAAUAAUGGAGAAUCUAUAUGUGAUUAUGAUAACGACUUGGUGAAUGAUACUGUUGAACAGAAUCAAGAACAAAUAUUUCCCCCGGACGAUACUUGCUAUACUGAAGAAAUGAAGGAUUUCAUACAUAAUGUUAUUGUCACCAAUGCCAGCGUUGAUAUGAGCAAUUUAGGUGGUGAUGAGAGUCGAAACGUCGGUCGCGCUAGUGGUGGUGGUAAUUUGGACGCCGUCACCGAGGAGAACAACUCGUCAUUAGACACGUGCAUUGAGACGCAUGGAUUGGCGUCGCCAGCACGGUCCGCGUGCGCAUCGCCGGCUAGCUCCAACGGAGGCGUAUACACGCAAGAGCUGUUGGAGACGUUCGGUUUAAAUUUACAUCGUAUAGAAAAAGAUGUACAGAGGUGCGACAGAAAUUAUUGGUACUUCACUGAAAAGGAGAACCUCGAUAAGCUGCGAAAUGUAAUGUGCACUUACGUGUGGGAGCACCUGGACAUCGGCUACAUGCAGGGCAUGUGCGACCUGGUGGCCCCGUUAUUGGUCAUCUUCAACGAGGAAUCGGUGACGUACGCCUGCUUCUGUCACCUGAUGGAGCGAAUGGUGGAAAAUUUCCCGAACGGCCAACAGAUGGACUGUCACUUUGCGAAUAUGCGCUCGCUCAUUCAGAUCCUCGAUGCGGAAAUGUACGAACUGAUGCAUCAACACGGCGACUACACGCACUUUUACUUCUGUUACAGAUGGUUCCUGUUGGAUUUCAAGCGCGAGCUGGUGUACGCGGAUGUGAACGCCACCUGGGAAGUGAUCUGGGCGGCGCAACAAGUCGCUUCACAGCAUUUCGUGCUGUUCAUCGCACUCGCCCUGCUAGAGACAUACAGAGACAUCAUCCUUUCAAAUGGCAUGGACUUCACCGAUAUCAUCAAAUUCUUUAACGAGAUGGCAGAGAGACACGACAGCAAAUCCGUGCUGCGAUUGGCGAGAGAACUGGUGUUGCAGCUUCAACUGCUCAUAGAAAACAAAUAGAACAACAUAUAAUGAGAGCUGAGCACUGAAGAAGAAGCAGAUGUUGCUGGUUUUGAAAUUCGCACUUGAUCCGGACGCCACGAGGAUUUUCGCUCCAUUAUCAUUCGACAAACAGAUGGAUUUGAGACCAGUAAGCACCUUACCUGUGAUGUCCAAGCUUGCAGAGAAAGUGGUAGCUGACCAACUUCGUGACCAUCUAGAAGUAAAUGAAGUCCUCCCCGAUACAGAGUCGGGAUUCAGAAAACUACACAACACAUCCACAGGCUUAUAAAAGUAACUAGCGAUAUAGUCAAGUUCAUGGAUGAUGGUAUGGUGACCGUAUUGGUGAUGUUAGAUUACAGUAUUUGACAUGGUCAACCAUGAAGUAUUAUUAUUAUUAGUAAAAAGCUACAAUAUUAUGGUUUGUCUAGUAAUGCCUUACUGUGGUUCAACAACUACCUGACUGGCAGAUCCCAAUGCACAGAGAUAGUUAACAAAAUGUCAACUUUAGAAAAUGUAAUUUCUGGUGUUCCGCAAGGAAGUGUAUUUACUAUUUACAUUCUAUAAAUGAAAUUAAUUUAUUGAUUAAAGAAUUAAAUGUAAAUCUAGAAAUGAUUGCUAACCAUUCCAAAAAUUAUUGUUUGAAACUGAAUCCCACGAAAACUAAAGCUUGCUGCAUUGGUUCUAGCUUAAAUAUUUCAAAAUUUAAAGGUUUCAUGAGUACAGCCAUUGUUUUAGGUGAUACAUCUGUUGAAAUUGUAGAGGAGACUAAGAAUCAGGCAUUUUAUUGGACACAAAUUUAAGUUUUGAGACCCAUGUCAUUAAUAAACUUCGAGUAUGCUAUUGUAAAUAUGUCACUUUGGAGAUACAAACAUGUUUUUACCAGUCACAUAAAAUUAAGACUUACCAAUGCACUAAUCCUCACUCAUCUAGACUAUCGCGCUACAGUAUAUUAUAAUUUUCUUACGGAAGAAAUGAAGCACAAAAUUCAAGUAUUUCAAUUACCAAAAAUAUUUACAAUCAUGUUUCUCAAUUGGCUGUUCUUUGGCCUAAACUUGGUCUCAUGGGCAAUGCAAUGCUCUCUUUAUUGUCCCAGAGAUGAGACACCAAGCAUAGACCAUGCUGAUGAGUAGCCAAGAAGCACAAAACAACUGUCCACGGUUGGCUGACUUCUGGCCAGAUGGACGAAAGCAUCAUGUUUAGUUUUGGCUGUUCAUUCUAUUAUGCUAUUUCUAAAUUUCUAAGCCAAAAGACACACAUCCAAAACCAUGUGGUUGUACUAAGUUAUGAGAAACUGUUUAUAGAAAUAUGUGGUUUUAUGAACAAGAUACGGGUGCCAAAGUAUCAUACAAUGUGUAAGAAGUGGUUCAAAAUAAAAUAUUAUUUAUUUUUAUGAAGAGAUAUGUAUAUUGCUGUUGACUCUUCUUAUUUAUAUAUAAUGUCUAUUCUAUGUGUAAUAAAAUGGUUUUAACUAACAUGAAAGGGAAUAUGUAAUGUAUUUAUAUUUUUUAUUUUGUACUUUUUUAUACACACUCUUAAACUGUCUAAACCUAAC